GCGCGCUCACUAACCAACGGAAAACCAGAUCAACGGAAGCCCGCGGCCCGAAGUGCGGUUUGGCUCUAGUGUAUAUAAAAAAUCAACCCCCGAUCAAUUCGAUCAUCAGUUAGUGUUUAAUUCUCUGGAAGUUAUUACCUGAAACAAGAUUAUGAAGAAGAGUACAGUGCUGCAGUGUUUAGUUUACCUGAGCCAGGUGUUGGCGGUACUAUCACAAGGUACCGACGAGGCCCUAGAUUUACAAGUUCUCUGCAGACAGUGCAAAGGCCAAGGGUCAUGUGACGUUUCCGUUCCGGGUCAAUGCGUGCAAUAUUACAGAUGUCAGAAAGUAGAAAAUAAUUGGUAUGUGGAAAAAAUGAACUGUGCCCAUGGAACUCAUUUCUCCGAGGCGACAGGUGGAUGUAUUCAACCGAAAGACGCCAACUGUCCUUAUGAUCCGUGCCUCAAUGAAACAGCCGGGUUCUACAAGCUGGAAGGUUUUUGCCGCUCCUACUGGGAGUGUAGGUUGGAUCAGAAUCUGGGCCGGGGAAUCUCUGAGGCCCACUGCUGUCCCGUCAACCAGACGUUCAGUAAGGACGGCAAAUGCGUGGACGACCCAAGCUGCGACAACCCCGAGGAAUGUACCGUGCUGGCCAAAGACGCCAUUGUCAACGAUGUGGUAUGUCCGGAAGGAAAGUACGGUGUCGGAUGUAGAUACACCUGUUCGGAACACUGUAUCGGGACAUGUGACUCCAUGAACGGAGAGUGUUCCGAAUGUGCUGUUGGAUGGAUGGGGUCCAAAUGCAUGGAAGAAUGCAGAUACAAAAGCGUGCCAGACAACCUCUACCUUUACAUGGAAGUGGUUGCAGAUGUCGAGGUCCCACGAGGUUGUGGACUCGGCACCAUUUUCAGCCAGGACAAAUGUAUCUGUGACAAAGAUCCCAACUACGUCAGGAAUAACGAGUGCAAACCAGACGUAGAAAUCGCCUUUGAAUCCGGAAACCAGGUUAAGAACACUAUUGACUGGAAAUGGAUCGGUGGAACUUUCCGAUCCGUGUCGGAAACCGUUAACCUGAAAGACAAAGUUUACAAGGUCGGCCGAUUCGACGGAACCUCCUCCAAUCUGUACAUUCCAUUCUACAACCGAAAUACGGAAAUGAGAAAGAAGUUCACCACCGAAAUUCUCUUCAACCCCGACAACGGCAAAGGCAACAAGCAGCAAAUCUUGCUCUCAAACUGCCAGAGCGUGAACAGCCGCGACGCACCAUUCGAAAUCAGCCUUUUAAAGGAUACUCAAGAUAUACAGAUCACCGUAGAGGGUGUUCCGAGUGAGGUUGCCGGCGCUGAGCCACCACAAACCUAUUCCAUGACAAUGAAAUACAAGCCAGAUGACUGGAAUAAACUUGAGGUGGUUUUUAAUGGCGAGAAGAAUUUAUUGACCGCUAGAAAUCUAGAUCUUUCUGGUGGUGUAAUUAGCGACGCCAGUACAGCUGUCAAUAACUUCCUUGAAAAUGGACUCGACCUUCGAGUAGGCUGGUGUAGUAACAAGGGAUACUUCGUCGGCAAAAUGGCAAUGGUGCGAACUUACCUCUGUGAGCCCCAGCUGAGCGUGGAUGUUGAGCCCGCGGCGGCAUCAUCCGGAAAUUCAAACGCAGCAUCGACCGGGAAUUUAGACACAGCAGCCGGAAGCUUAGAACCAGCUGCUGUAGUGGCCGACACCCCUCAACUAACUGAACUAACUACUGUAGUUCCGGUUUAAUCCAAUGGCCGCUGCAUCAUCCGGGCAACGGAAUUAGAGACAUUUUAUUUGUGUUUUACAUCUUCAUGUACCAUGCAAUGUGCCUGUUCAUUAUAACGCCCUUAGGCUAGCUCUCAUCACUUCCCUGUCUUCCCCCUGGGGAAUAGAAAAUGGAAGCUCCCUAUAUCCGACCCCUGUCACCUUAAUGAGGCUGGUUUCCACAUACAGAAUAGGCCAAAGACAUAGGAUAAAAAAAAAUUAAGAUUUAAAAGGGUAAAUGUCUUGUCAUGGAAAUGCUUAUAAGUAAUAAUAAGUCUGUUACUUAUUUCUAUGUUAUAUCUAUUUUUUUAACUUGAUUUUGGGGCAUUUUAUUAGAUUUUUUUGUUAAAAAUGAUCCGGAUUUUUUGGGCAAAAAAUAAAACAUAUAAUAAUGGGGCACAAUUGCUAAAAACAUUUUUAAUCAAUAGGAUUUAAUAUUUUGUGAAUGUUUUUUUUUUCUAUUUCACUGUGCAUUUUAGUUCGCAUAAUAUCGUUCCAUUUGUUCAUGAGUCGACGUUUUAUUUAUUGCUGUUCAGCCGUUCACUAUGUAACAAUGUUUGUAUACAUGUACCUUAUAACUGAACACCCAACAACGGUUAAACACCACCCCACUCCCUAUACCCCCCCCCCCCAUAAAAAGGCACUGUGUGGAAUAUGAGUACACUGUACUGGCGAAAUCCCUACCCUAUUUUUACUUUGUUAAAACUAAAAUAAAAAGUAAAUAAUUUUA